UUCACCUACAUUCCAGCCCCCCUCAAAUCUGACACCAUGAAGUGGGGAACAUUCAUUUCUUUUAUUUUCUUGUUAAGCUUUACCGAAUCAAAAACCCUGCCCAGAAGAUAUCGGGAUGUAGACGAAAAAGACACCAUUGGCCAUUGUUUUACAGAGCUACACGAGGAGAAUUUUAAAGGCGUUGCCAUGGUCAUGUUUGCUCAGAAUGUGCAGGAAAGCACUUAUGAAGAAGCAGCUAAAAUGGUAAAAGAUGUUACAGACCUCGCACAAAAAUGUGUCGCCAGUAAGGAAGACGCAGCAUGUCUGAAACCGCUGACUGCCAUUUUCCUGGAUGAAAUCUGCCAUGAGCAAGGCCUUCCUGAGAAAUAUGGGUUAGCUGCCUGUUGUGCUAAAGCUGACCCUGAAAGAAAUGAAUGUUUUCUAUCCCAUAAAAAUUCUACACCAGGAUUCAUUCCUCAUUUUAAAAAACCAGACCCUGAAGAGGGAUGCAAACAGUACCAAGAGAAUCGAGCAGCACUUCUGGGCUUAUACACCUAUGAACUUGCCAGAAGGCAUCCUUUCCUCUAUUCCCCAACAAUUCUUAGCGCUGCUGGUCAUUAUGAGGAGAUGAUGAAAGCCUGCUGCCAAGCUGAUGACAAGGCUGCAUGCUUCAAUGAAAAGGCACCAUCUGUGAUGAAGCCAGUGAAAGAGAGUGGCUUGACAGAGCAACAAACAUGUGAGAUCCUGAAGAAGUUUGGAGAAAGAACCUUAAAGGCUCUGAAACUUGUUCAAAUCAGCCAAAAAUUUCCAAAGGCUGAUUUUGCUACUGUUAACAAACUUGUAACGGAUGUUGUUCACAUACACACGGAGUGUUGUCACAGUGACAUGAUGGACUGUAUACACGAGAGGGUAAAGCUGACAGAGUAUGCCUGUUCCCACAAAGAUACCAUAUCAACGAAACUCAACGACUGCUGUGGAAAGUCAGAGGUGGAACGAAGCGAAUGCAUAGUUCACUUGGAAAAUGAUGACAGACCUGAAGGCUUGUCUCCCACAGUCAGGGAGUUCAUAGAAGACAAAGAUGUGUGUGAGCACUUUGCCAAGGAAAAAGAUGCCUUCCUGGCCAAAUUUGUCUAUGAAUACUCAAGACGCCAUCCUGAGUUCUCCCAUCUCAUGCUUUUAAGAGUUGGUAAAGGCUACGAGGAAUUACUGGAAAAUUGCUGCACAACCAGUAACCCUGCCGAGUGCUACGGCAAAGGGGAAGAAAUUCUCAAAAAACAAGUCCAGGAAAGCCAGGAAGUGCUAGCAACAAACUGCAACCUCUACAAGACAGUGGGAGAAUACUUCUUCCAAAACGCGCUCCUUGUCCGUUACACCAAGAAGAUGCCUCAGCUGUCAUCCAAAGAGCUGCUCCACUUCACCAAGGAAAUGGCAGCAGUUGGUGCCAUGUGCUGCCAUCUAAGUGAGGACAAAAUAUUUCCUUGUGCUGAGGGAUACGCUGACCUCAUUCUUGGCCAAAUAUGUAGACGACACUAUGCCAGAUCUAUAAACCCUCAUGUCUGCAAGUGCUGUAGUAACUCCUAUGCUCUCAGAAGGGUGUGCAUUAGCAACUUGGGAAUCGAUGAGAAGUAUGUGCCCAUACCAUUGACUCCUGAUCUGUUCACCUUCCAUGAAGACUUGUGUGCAACUCAAGAGACAGAGCUACAGAAAAAGAAGCAGGAGCUGCUUAUCAGGGUCAUCAAAUAUAAGCCCACCAUUACAGAAGAACAACUGAAGACCAUCAUUACAUAUUUUCUGGACAUGAGAGAAAAGUGCUGCAAAGCAGAAAAUCACGAGGCGUGCUUUACAGAAGAGGGUCCAAAACUGAUAGCAAAAAGUCAGGCUUUGGUGGCACAAUAAAACACCACAGCUCACCUGUGAAGAAGAUGGAGAUAAAGUUAAUCUCUGCCCUGUUUACUGUAUUUGCUUGCUUUCUUAUUAGUUGUCACUGUCAUAGUCCUCUGAUUCAAAGAAACAAAGGCAAUUCUGCUCUUACUUUCAUCUCUCAUUGCUGCCUUUCAUUCAGUGAUGAAUAAAGCUUUGAAUAAACUC